AUCUUACCAGAGAUCACUAGAGGCGAUCUUUCCUCUCUUCCCCGACCCGACCCGUAUAUCGGGCUACCAUUGGCUUCUACGUGAUGGGAUGGCAGGGCAUAGUGCUGAUGGAAAUUGUCCAACUUGAUUUUUCUCUAAAAAAAAAGAUUGACAGUGUUUGUAAAGCCUAAAGAAUCAAAGAUUUCAUUGACGUUGAAUCAGUAUUAAUGUUCCUCAAGAAGCCUUAAGUUGGGAUCUUAGCUCAGCAGCAUCAAAAAAUUGCAUUUAAGUACUGAUACCUUCUCAUCGCCUUUCUCACUAGCACUACCAAUUGGCGAAGAUAUGUCUGCCACACAAACAAUCCAUCUUUACGAUCGCUCGGUGUUUUCAGACGAAGAACGUGCAGUCCUUCAGGUGGCGGAAAACUUUUUGGACGGAAUCGGGGCCCGUAACAAAACUCUAAUGACGGAACAGGUACUACCAUCCGGAGGUGCCGUCCUCAUGCGAAACGGGGCACCAAUAAUCACCACUCUCACUGGUGUAAUCGACCGCAUUCCUUUUGACUCGCCGAAUAAGAUCGAGGAAAGGAUCUCGGGACAACCAAUUGUUAAAAUUGAUACUAAUAUCGCAAUGCUCUGGACACCAUACGACUUUUUGAUUAACGACAAGGUGGACCAUAUUGGGACAGAUAUCUGGAGUUUCGCGAAGUUGGAUGGGAAGUGGGUUGUGAGCAGCGUCGCAGAUAAUGCGCUGGCGCCAGAGACUGUGGGCUAGUACUAGAGCUCAUGUAUCAAAACUGUGUACAACAACAAAGUCCGCUUCAUACAAUAGUACCUCGGAUUAAGAACUUCUCCUUGAUCA